GGAAUGGUGGUGCAAAACUCAAGGAAAAUGUGCGAAGUCACACUCUGCUCAGCAGAUCGAGCCCAUAAAAUAAAGACCCAAGCCAUUAUGUUGCCCCAAUUGACCCAUUUUCUCCCCACUUCGAAUAUCUCUCAUAUUAACUUAGAAGAGAUAAAGCAAUUAAGGCUCGCCGAUCCCAACUGUUUCACCCCAAAUAAAAUUGAUAUGGUAAUCGGCAGUGACCUAAUCCCCCGAAUUAUCCUACAAGGGCUGCAACAAAACAUAAGCGGAAGUCUCAUAGCGCAGAACACGAUAUUCGGAUGGAUUCUAAGCGGCCCAAUCCAGGAGAGGAUCUCCACCUUUACCACCCAGGUAACCGAACCCCAGGAGGAAUCAUUAAACUCACUGCUGAAGAAGUUUUGGGAUGAGGAGGAGUUCUGCGAGGACCUGUAUCAACGCACAACAACCGCAGAUGGACGAUAUAUGGUGAAGCUACCCAUAAAACCCGAAUUCCCAGACCCCAUGGCUCUAGGUCACUCUCGACUAGCAGCGCAGCAGCAGUAUAUCAGCAUCGAAAGGACUGUGGAGAAAAAACCUGGCCUCUGCAAAAGGUACUCAGAAGUUCUGGAAGAAUACAUCACCAUGGACCAUAUGGAGCCCACCUCAUCCCAAGAAGUCAUCAAAGACGGUAAAUACUUCUCCUUUUAUUUACCGCACCAUGCUGUCAUAAAACCCGACAGCAAAACAACAAAAGUACGCGUAGUCUUCAAUGCUUCCAGAAUAUCCCACUCUGGAAACUCCCUCAAUGACGUACUAUACACUGGCCCAACCCUUCAAAACGACUCGAUGCUUAUCAUUCUCCGAUGGCGUCUCUACAAGUUUGUUUUUAAUGGCGACAUCGAAUAGAUGUAUCGCCAAAU